GAAAUUGUUUUGUAAAACGACGGUUGAGUUGGGUUUGGUGAUAGUGAGAGAGAGAGAGAAAAGAGCUUCUUAAAGCUGCCUCUGUACCUCUCUAUAAGUACUUCUCUUUUCUCUCUCUUCUCUUCCUUUUUCUUCUUUCAUACAACCACUCUUCUUCUCUCUUUCGUCUUGGACACCGUACCAUACACAAAUAUAUACACAUACGCUCACAUAAACAUAUAUACACAUAUAUACGCACACAAAAAUAUACACCUCUUAUUACUCACAUCACACAGACCCUCAAAGCUGGCAUGGGCCACUGUCAGGUGUCUACUUUUCAAUAGUAAACCCUCCCUCUUGCUCCCCACAUUCACCAUUCAUCUCUUCUUCUUCUCUCUCUCUCUCUAUCUUUUCUGUAACAUAGCAGAGCCAAAAGAGAGAAAAAAAAAAAGUAAAGACUGUAUUCAUGACCUCGGGAAGUUUCAUGAAUGGGCUUUAGAGGUCGCUCAUGGAAAUGGGUUCCAGCUCAAUGACAGAGUCAGGGGGCUCUUCGUCUUCCUCGCCGCCCAACUCGUCUACUGAGUCACUCAACGGCUUAAAAUUCGGCCAGAAAAUUUACUUUGAAGAUGUGGGUAUCGGAGCUACACCCAAAUCCGGUGCUGGGUCGUCCUCGUGUUCCGGAGCCACCCCGCCGAAGAAGGUCAGGGGGAGCCCGGUCCAUUCGGGCCAACCACCCCGGUGCCAGGUUGAGGGGUGUAAAGUAGAUCUAAGUGACGCCAAAGCUUAUUACUCUAGGCACAAGGUCUGUGGCAUGCAUUCUAAGUCACCUAAGGUCGUCGUUAAUGGUCUUGAACAAAGGUUUUGUCAACAGUGUAGCAGAUUUCAUCAGCUUCCAGAAUUUGACCAAGGAAAGAGAAGUUGUCGAAGGCGCUUAGCUGGUCAUAAUGAGCGUCGGAGGAAGCCACCACAUGGUUCAUUACUGUCUACACGCUAUGAUAACAGCGGCAGAGUUGGAAGCUUUCUAAUGGACUUCUCAGCAUACCCUAGGCUUAGCGGAAGAGACGCCUGGCCAAAUGGAAGAAUAUCGGAGCGGGUGCCUGGAAAUCAAAGUGCCAUUCCAACUGGGAAGUACAUUCCGUAUCCGUGGCAGAGCAACUCAGAUAAUUCUUCAUCCAACCUAUACCUGCAGACUUCAGGCUGCGGAACGAGUAUCCCAGCUAAUCAUGGAAUUCCUCCGCCUCCGGGAGAAUGCAUCUCAGCAGUCGCAGACUCAAGCUGUGCUCUCUCUCUUCUGUCAAAUGAACCGUGGGGCUCUAGAAACCGGUCAUCAUCUGGUAUUGGGUUGCAAUCCUUGAUGAACACCCAAGGGGCACCUGUGGCUGAACCAACAUCAGCUACUCACAGUGAAACUGUCAAUCACUUUCAAAACACUUCUUGGUGCAUGAAGGAUGAUAUGGAUGGUAGCAGUUCACACCAGAUCCUUCCUGAUCUUGGCCUUGGUCAGUUCUCGCAUUCCCUCACAGGUCAGUUCUCUGGUGAGCUUGAGCUGUCUCAACAGGGUAGGAGGCCAUAUAUGGAAUCUGAACACUCGAGGGAUUAUGGUUCCUCCAGUCAGCACAUGCACUGGUCACUCUGAGGUCCAGUCUAUUGUUAGUAGUUCUAAUGAGAACCCAAGUCUCUUUCAAAGAAUUAGUAAGUUUAAAAACAUUUGCAAGUAAAACUUCUGCUCUUCUCUUGGGCCAAAUAUCAAAACUGAAUUGCUUUGUGUGGUUGUUGUCUUAUCCCUUGUUUUGACUAAUAUAAUAUUUUGGACCCUUGUGGAUA